AUGUCUUCCGAACCAUUUAAGAACGUUUGUCUUUUACCACAAACAAAUCAAUUAACUGGUCUUUAUACCAUUAUUAGAGAUAAAAAUACUGUCAGAUCUGAUUUUGUUUUUUAUUCUGAUAGAAUUAUUAGAUUAUUAGUCGAAGAAGGUUUAAAUCAUUUGCCAGUGAUCCCUAAAACUGUUGCUACCCACACUGGUGAAGACUUCAGUGGUGUUGGCUUUAAAGGUAAAAUAUGUGGUGUCUCAAUUGUUAGGGCCGGUGAAUCUAUGGAACAAGGUUUAAGAGACUGCUGCAGAUCAGUAAGAAUCGGUAAGAUAUUGAUCCAAAGAGACGAAGAAACUGCUAUACCAAAAUUGUUCUAUGAAAAAUUACCUGAUGAUAUUUCUGAAAGAUACGUCUUUUUGCUGGAUCCAAUGUUAGCUACUGGUGGUUCUGCAAUCAUCGCCACUGACGUAUUAAUAAAAAGAGGUGUUAAGCCAGAGAGAAUCUUUUUCUUGAACUUAAUCUGUUGCAAAGAAGGUAUCGAUAACUAUCAUAGAGCUCACCCAGAUGUUAAAAUCGUUACUGGUUGUAUCGAUAAAGGUUUGAAUGAACAGAAAUAUCUAGUUCCAGGUUUAGGUGACUUCGGUGACAGAUACUACUGUAUUUAA